AAGAGAAGCCACAUUUUUUUAUUUAAUAAAUAAUGUUGUGCUUUUUUAUAUAAAUAUAUACAAAAAACACAUACUAUUAUUCUAUGAAAUUCCUGAAUUGCUUUUUGAUUUAUCUGAAUGUUUUAUUGUAUUACAAAAAAUAUUGCUACUUUUAGUUUCGUAUUAUUUGUUUAUAUAUUAUAUAGUACAUAUAGUCAAUUUGAAUUUUGUUACCAAAAGAAAAAAAGAGGGAAAAAAAAAAAAAACACUACUACAAACCAUGCACCAACUUCGUUGCAGUUCCUUUUGUCGGAAAAGCUUCCUGCCUCAAAAUAUCGCGUGACCCAAGCAACAUCCCGCGUGAGUUGGACUCCAGCUGUAGCCUCCCAUCCUCUUGGCAAGCGCACACGCUCGCGCGCAGACUUGUGUACGUACAGGAACAGUCAGGAGGUUUUUCAUGGGAUGCUUCAAUUCCAGGGGAGUAUCCGCGCGCUGUCGGCCCAGGAAACACUUUAAUCCCCUUUAUUGAGCGGAGGCCGUCGACUUGUUCUGGACUUUUCUGUCUUAAUCCAGCCGCUGCGGGUCUUGUAACAGCCGAUCACACCGCGCUGCGACCCACUAAGGAGGAAACUGUCACCUCCGAGCGAAAUAUCUGCAUCUCUGGAACAAAAACGAGCUGAAAAUCUUCGAACUCGGAGCUCACGAGCCGCUGCCAUGGUGGCGAAGCUCACGCGGCUCCCCGGAGAACUUAGCUUUCUCCACCUCCGAGAGCCGCGGACAUCAACAGACUAGAUUCCUCGCAAGACAUGAAGCUCACGCGGGUCUGUGUGAGCUAGCGUUGACCCGGAGCGCCCAGGUGUCGGCCUGACGGGUUCGGGGCCAAAGAGGACGCGUUCUGACCUCCUCGGGGAGCAGCUCCACGGCUGAGGGCGUGAUGGGGUCGCUGAAGGCUCUUCAGGAGUGGUGUCGGGUCCAGUGUGAGGGCUACCGCCGGGUGGACGUGAGGGACAUGUCUGCAUCCUUUCGGAACGGCUUGGCGUUCUGUGCCAUUAUUCACCGGCACAGACCAGACCUUAUAGACUUUGACUCACUUUCUGAAGAGAACGUCUACGAGAACAACCGGCUGGCUUUUGAAGUGGCCGAGUCUCAGCUGGGGAUCCCUGCCCUGUUGGACCCCGAAGACAUGGUGUCCAUGAAAGUGCCCGACCGGCUCAGCAUCAUCACAUACGUGUCCCAGUACUACAACUUUUUCAACAACAGGUCUACAGCAAACCCGCCUUCAAUGAAGAGGCUGGCUCCUGCCGGCCAGAAUGAGCCAGCCAUGAAGAGGCCUCUCGCCCCUGCAGACGGCAAAGCGGCAGAGACUGAGUCAGUCCAGCCUGCACAGACGGGCGCGGAGACGGCUGCCAAACGCAGUACCCUGAGCAGCACCUGCUCCGCCUGCAACAAACACGUCCACCUGGUGCAGCGUUUCCUGGUGGACGGCAAGCUGUACCACCGUAACUGUUUCAGGUGCACAAAGUGCCACAGCACUCUGCUUCCUGGGUCCUACAAGUUAGAGACAGACUUGGGGGCUUUAGUCUGCAGCCAUCACCUCUCGAAGCAAACCACCCCCUCCCAGAACGGCACCUCAGAAGUUGGUAAGAAAGCAGUUCAGCCUGCCAGGACCGGUGACAGCACAUCCUCCAUCACGGCACCCAAUACUGAGAAGGAGCAGGACGAGACUCCGCCCUCAGAGGAGCAGAGCCAGGACCCUGUCAGGGCGGCGCCGGCUGAAGCUGAAGAAAAACCAUCGGAGGCAGACAGUCACAGGGAGUCAGAGGAGGAGAAGUCUCGACCUUCCUCUCCUCCCAACCCCUUUGAUGAGAGUGAUGAAGAGGAGACCCAAAGUGCCACAGAGGAAGAACCACACACACCACUCCCCGCCAUGACAAACGGGGACGAUCCUUCCACACCUGAAAAUCCUUUGGAAAUAUCCAACCGACCAGUACCCGCCCCCCGAAGGGUUUCUGAGGUCGCACCGCCCCCCCGCCCGGCCCCGCGAGCUCGACUCUCCCAAAGAGCAGGAACUGUUGGAGAACAUCAGAAACCUCCAACUCCUCCCAAGCCUCGAGAGAGAUCCGAGUCUCCAGCAAGUGGCUCCCAUAAACCUAAAGAUCCACCCUGGCUUGUCCUGGUUCAGUCAGAGCAAAAGAGGAAGAAAGCCCCUCCUCCGCCCCCACCUGGACCGGCAACCCCCUCCAACACCUCCUUGGGGGAGGAGGGCUCCUCCAGACCCAGCUCACCUUCUGACCCCUCCAACCCUUUCGAGGAGGACGACGACGACGAUGAUGAAAACAAAGGAAAUGAGGAAGAGGAAGGUGAAGAAGGAGGAGCGGUUCCUCCCUCUGUGUCGGUGAAUCACCCGUGGUACCGGAUCAGGCAAGCAGCCGACCUGGGAGAAGGAGAAACCCGCCCCUCCCGUUCUACCAGUCCCGGGAGUGCCAAAAGCAAGAAGAGGCCAGCUCCUCGUGCUCCAAAGCUGCCUGCUAGAACCCCGGGCUGUCCUCACUCUCAGGCCUCCUCCUGUUCUCCGUCUCCGGCCCUCAGCACGGAGAGCUUGUCCUCCUGCUCAGACCACAACUCCUCCCUGCUACCCCUGGGUGGCAGUGCCACCAGCAGCCAGGAGCAGAGUUUCACCAAAAGUGUGUCAGAGCCUUCCAUCGUUUCGUCCGGCGACGCCUCCUCCUCCUCCUCCUCAGCUGACAGUCAGCAUGCUGCUAACACAAGCGCUCACUCCACUUCUGUGCCAGCCAACGCCAGCUCGGCUCCAACCACCCCUCAGUCCAAACGGAGCACUGACAGUCAAAGACCUAAAGCUCCGCCCCCACGACCCCCGACUACCCCCAGCCCUCUGGUCACACACUCGCCUAAAAAGAUAUGUAAGGAGAACCCCUUCAACAGGAAAGCGUCUCCUUCUCCUGCCAAAACUCCAACGAGACCUCCAAGGGGGCCCCGCCCUGCCAGGCCGCCAGCUCCUGGAUACGGCUUCCCGCUCAUCAAACGCAAAGUGCAGUCAGACGAUUACAUCCCAGUGGAGGACAUCCAUGGGGAGAUGGCUCAGCUGGAGAAGCAGCUGGAUGAGCUGGAGCAGCGUGGAGUGGAGCUGGAGAAGAAGCUGAGGAGCAACCCGAACGAUGAGGAUGAGGAGCACUUGCUGGUGGACUGGUUCACUCUCAUUCAUGACAAACACCUCUUGGUUCGCCGUGAAGCUGAGCUCGUCUACACAGCGAAGCAGCAGAACCUGGAGGAGCGGCAGGCCGAUGUGGAGUACGAGCUCAGGUGUCUCCUCAACAAACCAGAGAAAGACUGGACUGAGGAGGACAAGAGUCGGGAGCUGGAGCUGAUGGCGGAUCUGGUGACCAUCAUCGAGCAGCGCAACCAAAUCGUCAACAGCAUGGACCAGGAUCGACAGAGGGAUGAAGAGGAGGACAAGCUCAUGCAGGCCAUGCUGAAGAAAAAAGACUUCCACAGGGACCCGGACACCAGCGACCAGCACAAGAAAAAAGGGGCCAAGUUCAAACCCAUCAAAGCUCUUAAGCUGCUGAGCCACAAGAAGGAGAAAAGCUGAGGAACAAGCAGACAGAUUUUAGACUUUUAUCAAGACUAACGUGAGGCUCGGAGGAGGACUUCUCUUUAAUUGACGUUUUAUUAUUUGCACCCUGGACUCCCAGAACGCCUGUACAGGAUCUUCUGCCAGCUGCCUUUACGCUUCGCAGGCAAACAGCACGUGCUUUAUGAGCUCUUAUUUAACUGAUGCAAUCUUCAUUUUUCAGAUGAAUAAAAUCCAAAAAACUGAAGUUUUGAGUGGAGCAGAACUCGAUGGAGUUUGGUGUCAAACUGUUGCUUUUUAGAGUUUGUCUCUUGGCGUUGGAUGCUGUGAGUUUGGGAUGAAGUGACUGAACUUUUAAAGGUGAGGUACCCUGUACAGACAUAAGUUUUUAUUUGUAGUACUAGCUCAGCAUUAGUGCCUUAGCUGCUUUGUAGUUUCAUGUUUAUGUAACAGCAGGAAGACGAGGAAGCAGGUCCAACAGUGUUCAUGAAAUGAGGAGAUCCAAAAGUUUAUGAAGAGUUUUUGGACAGGACUGUGGAUAUUUUAUGCAAUCAUUAACUUAUAUUUUUGCCUUAAAAUGGAGAAAAAAAUCCUGGAUGUCUGUUAUUUAACUGUGUUUGUGGUCAUAAGUUCGUCUGUUUUAAAGGUUUCUCAAAGGACAGCAGGAUGAUUUCAUACUGUUUAAAGACGAAUAAAGAACUUCACACCCACU